AUGUUCCCAGCCUACAAGAUCAACGUGAGUGGGUUGGAUCCGAAGGCAAAGUAUGUAAUGCUCAUGGACAUAGUGCCGCGGGAUGAAAACCGGUACAAAUUUCAUAACAAUGGUUGGGCGGUUGCGGGCAAGGCUGAUCCUGAACCUACCAAACGACCCUACAUCCACCCCGAUUCACCAGCCACUGGCGAGCAGUGGAUGCAGAAACCCAUUUCUUUCCAUAAACUCAAGCUUACCAACAAUAUCGCCGAGCGACAACCUUUUCAAGCCGUGUUGAACUCUAUGCACAAGUACAUACCCCGUGUACACAUAGUCCGCGCAGACGAUCUCAUGAAGAUCAAUUUCUGCGAGUUCGUCACCUUCUCAUUCGAGGAGUCGGAGUUCAUCGCCGUCACGGCCUACCAAAAUGAACAGGUCAGUAGAGUAAUAUCCCAGCUUGCUGGGCUCUUCCGACCUCGAUCUGCUCUCCCUAUUUUGGCUCCCCUUUGUACUCCCGUCUUCGUCACACCCUCUGUUGAUUGCGAUGGCGGACGGUGGUGGAGAGGGGUUGAGAGAGCACUUAACAAUGGCGCCAUCGUCAUGGGCGUCUGCUUGUGGGAGCCAUCCGUCAUCUUGGGGAUAGAGAAGCAGGGGGAGGGUAGCAAGGCGGGGAAUUAA